ACUCGUUUGUGAUCCGGCUCUUUGGGGAUUUUGUGCCGAUUUUUGUGCUGAUUUCUCUCAUUUUUUCCCCACUGCAGACUCGUUUGUGAUCCGGCUCUUUGACCGCAGUGUGGAGCUGGGGCAGUUCCCGGCAGGGACCCCCCUGUACCCCGUGUGCCGCGCCUGGAUCGGGCACUGCCCCGCCCCCGCCCCGCCCCCCGAACAGGCCCCCCCCGGCUCCGAGGCCGUUCUGUCGCUGCCCCCCCCCGGCCCCGCCCUGGCCCCGCGCGUCCCCUCCCCCCUGGGCCCCGACGAGGGAGCGGCGCCGCCCGACCAGGUGUUAGACCCCGCCCCCUCGAUUACGUCAUUGAUCUACAAGAACAUGGACAGGUGGAAACGUGUCCGGCAGCGCUGGCGGGAGGCGGCGCAGCGGCAGCAGCAGCGCUACGGGCCCAGCCUGAGGCUGCUGCGAAUCAUCUACGAGCGACAGUGAGGCCACGCCCACCGGGACACGCCCACCAUGGCCACGCCCACCCUGAGAUAAACCACGCCCACUCAGACCCCGCCCACAUUGGCCACACCCACUUCAACCGCGCCUGUGAGCCCAACCAAGCUGGCCACGCCCACCCUGACAUCAACCAUGGCCACUCAGACCCCGCCCACAUCGACCACACCCAUGGCCCCGCCCACUCAGACCCUGCCCACCCCUGGCCCCGCCCCCUCCCCAAUAAAAACGCCUCCGCUGCCAUA